UUAUAGCUGACCGGUGAUGUCUAAAAACGGAAGUCUAGAAAUUUUCCGAAAUGAAAAUAAACCAGGAAACGAGACAAAGCUUUGCAGGCUAACAUGUUAGCUUGAAGAAUUAGCUCAGCUAGAACUACGUUAUUGUUAGCUGUUGAACAGGGAGUUAACUCGACAUCGUUAUUGAUAUUUACAUAAAUGUCUAAGCUGCUGACUCUAUUAUCCACCCUGGACAGCUUUGAUAGCGUCAAUGACCAUUAGUUUCCCCUGUGCGUCCUAACAGCUUCCUGUCACAUCCAUAAUGAGCAGCGCGACUCAGAGGAAAAGACGGACGACUUCCACUUCAUGUUCGCGACGCAACAGUAAGAGAAGCAGGACGCAAAUGUCUCAGGCCUCAGUGGAAACCAUUGACGUUAUAGAAAGCGACAGAUUAAGCAGUGAAGAGGUAGUAGACUUAACCUGUGAAGGAUCAGAGCCAGCUGUGGUUGAUCUCACAAACAAUGAUUCAAUUGUGCUUGUGGAUGAUGGUACACAAGCCAGACGUAUGCAGGGCACAGAGAGUUACGUGCUGAGCAGCGAUGACGAGGAGGAUCCGAGUCAAAGUCUCAACCCUGCUCUUCUGUCAUCACUACAUGCGAGUGCAAGAGCCAGGUCUACACCUGGAGCGGUUAGCUGCCCUGUGUGCAUGGAUGCAUAUGCAGAGAUUAUUGAGAGCGGACGGCUCAUGGUCUCAACCAAGUGUGGCCACCUUUUCUGCAGCCAGUGCAUCCGAGACUCCCUCGCCCGGGCUCACAACUGCCCCACAUGCAGGAAGAAACUCACUUAUAAGCAGUAUCACCCAAUCUAUAUCUGAGACUGAAAGGGACAUUGCAGUUUCACUUUUCUGUGUAACCAGACCUUCACUUCCACGGUUUAUCUGUCUACGAAAAUUCCUUUCUGAAACCUGGCAUGGUACAUCACCUGAGCUUCUUAGUAUCAUACAUUAGUGGGUUAAUCUCCACAAAGAUAUUCUGAUCAAAGACUCAGAAUCAGCAAGCCUCGAAAUUCUUUAAAGUAAUGCUUUUAAUGGCAUAUUCAAGCACUUAAACAUCGGUUGCUAGCGUAACAUGACUUGAUGUGAUGAGCUUUACUGUAUUUCAGAGGAAUCUGUAGCCAGGGCGUGUUUUGUAUAUGUUCUUAAGACAAAAAAAAAGAAUGAUUUAAAAUGAGGCACACUUGCUUACUGUCCAGGUCAUUACAUCAUUGCUAUGUCAUGUAAGAUCUCAGACCUGUUUCAUCAGAUGGAUCAAAUUUAACAUCUGCUUUUAAGUUAUGUAUUUGCAAUCUGAAAUAACUGCAUUCACUGUAAAUAUGUUUGUAUGAAUGUACAAAAAUCUCGUUAAUAGUAAGGACUGUGUAGUGCAUAAACUUAUUCCAAUAAAACAAUACAAUGCC